AUGAUCUUCUCCUCGUCCUUCUGGCUCUGCUCUCUGGCCAUCGGCGUGCUGGCAACAGUGUAUCUCAGAUACCGCCGCCUGUCCUCGGUGCCGGGGCCUUUCCUUGCUGCCGUUACAGAUCUGUGGCGGUUCUCUCUCACCCGGAGUGGCCAGUUUUCAGACACGCUGAUAGACCUGCACACCCGCUAUGGUGCAUUUGUACGCAUAGGCCCAAAUGCCGUCAGUAUCUCCGACCCUGCUGCAGUCCCCACGGUCCACUCCAUGCACGGGGAGUUCAGGAAGACGGACUCGUAUUCCACACUCCGGGCGCUCUUCAACGGCAAGGUAAUCGGCAGCGUGGUCGACUUGCAGGAUGAAAACGAGGUCUCGGCCCUGAAACGUGCAGUCGGAAGCGCCUUUGCAACGAAGAACCUGCUAGACUACGAGCCCGACGUGGAUCAUACCUUGGACCGACUUGCUCAGGCCAUGCGAAAGCGCCGGACCUUCUCACUGCUCGACGCUAUGCAACAAUUCCAGGUGGACUUCCUCAUGAAGGCUGCCUUCAGCAGGGACACCGACUACCUUGAGACCAAUCGGUCAACGGACGCGAUCUCGGGCGACGUAAGAUUGAAGCAUUGGUAUAUAUGGCAAAGUAUGCCUGGUCUUGAGUGGCUGCUCUUCAAAUCACCACUUUCUCCGGCAUGGUAUAGGAAACCCGCAAAGCCUCCAGCAUGGACAGCCAUGGCCUCAGAAGAAUAUCGCAAGAGAGUGAAGUCGCACUCAGACAAGCCGGUCGGUACGGCAAGGGAGAAAGCGGAUCUCUUGUCCAAGUACCUCACUGGACGGGAGCAGCACAAGGAGACUGUGUCACAAACCAACAUUGUCCGAAUGAUUUCGAGUACGAUCGCAGCUGGAUUUGACACGUCCGCCUACACCAUUACCAUGAUCCUCUACAACCUCCUGAAACACCCAGCGGCGCUGAAGAAAUUGAGAUCCGAGCUCGACGAUGCUCUCAAUUCUGGCCGACUCUCCUCCCCUCCCAGGCUCAAUGAGGUGGACAAGCUCGACUACCUCGGCGCAGUGUUCAAAGAGACCAUGCGUCUCCAACCCUUCCUGAAGCCCUUGCUCGAACGAGAAGUCCCUCUGGGUGGUGCCGAUAUUGCGGGCCGAUUCCUCCCUGGCGGCACGACGGUUGCAAUCUCGGUACGCAGCGUUCACCGCGACAUUGCCGUGUUUGGGAAAGAUGCCGACGAAUUUCGCCCGGAGAGGUGGUUGGAAGCCGACCAGCAGCACAGACCGCGGAUGGAAAGGUCGAUGCUCGCGUUUGGCGGCGGCAAGCGCGUCUGCAUGGGGCGACAUAUUGCCGAGUUGGAGAUGAAGAAAGCCGUUCCAAGACUGCUGAUGGAGUUUGAUAUCUCGUUGGAAGACCCAAGCUAUGUCUAUAAGGCCAGAGACAAGUUGACCAAUUUCCCCACACCGUUUGCCAUCGUUUGCACAGACAGAGCUUAA